UGAUGGAGUCAAUAUUUCCAAAGAAGCUCGGAGCGCGAUCUCUCGAGCGGCAAGUGUGUUUGUGCUUUAUGCAACAUCAUGUGCCAAUAACUUUGCCAUGAAGGGGAAAAGGAAAACGCUGAACGCCAGCGACGUUCUCUCUGCCAUGGAGGAAAUGGAGUUUCAGCGAUUCGUAGGCCCUUUGAAAGAAUCACUGGAAGUUUACAGGCGUGAGCAGAAAGGGAAGAAAGAAGCAAGGAAAGAUAAAGACAAGAAGGCAGACUCAGAGGAACAAGAUAAGAGCCGAGAGGAGGAGAAUGAUGAUGAUGACGAAAGGAUGGAGGAAGAAGAGCAAAAUGAUGAGGAAGAGGUAGACAACUGAGCUUGCUGACGAGACAUGUGCGGGGGCUGGGGUUUGUUCAGAGGGUUAUAAA